AUGACAAAACAGCUGGCAAUUUAUGGAUAUAUUUUUUAGACUUUAUUUUUUAUUUUGUUUAAAUUUUAUUGUGCUUAUAAAUAUAGAAAUAAUAAUGGCUAAAAUUAAUUACUGUAUAGAAAACAUAUUUAGUCAAGCUUCCCGACAACAUUGCAUAUCAAAGCUCAAAGAAAUCAGAGUUCCUAAGUAUAACAAACGGGGAAAGGCCCCUGAAGCUUCGGCGGCCGUAUUAGUGCCGCUGUGUCGCUAUGACUGUGUUCCUUCAUUGCUGUAUACUGUUCGUUCAUCUAACUUGAAUAGUCAUAGUGGCCAAAUAUCCUUUCCAGGGGGGAAAACGGAUGCAGAUGAAACACCUACGCAGACGGCUUUGAGAGAGACCAAAGAAGAAAUAGGUUUGUCGCCAGAUAAAAUAGACGUGUGGGGCGUAGGGCAAGGGUUUCCGGGUCGCGACAACAAAAUACUCAUCUCCCCAGUUAUAGGUUGUAUACAAGAUUUGAAGCAAGAGGACUUAAUAGUUAACCAUAAAGAAGUAGCCGAAGUGUUUACUGUGCCCAUAGACAUUUUAUGUAAUCCAGAAAACCAGUUUCAUACACAGUUUAGGAAUGGAUUUAUAUUACCAGUUUUUAUUGCUAAUCAAUAUAAAAUUUGGGGUCUUACUGCAUAUGUUACGCAUAUGUUCCUCAGCUCAGCAUUAUCGAGAGAUGUUUAUAAAAAUGAUUGGAUGAAGAAAAAGAUAGAGUUAGCAAAUGUAGGCAUAGAAAAAUUGUGAUGACAAAAAUAAUUUAGUACAAUUGAAAUUUUAGUUAGUCCAUUUAGUACAAUUAUUUUUUACAAUUACAUCUGUUACAUGUAUGUAUUGUAUUAUAUAAAUAAAAGAAAGAUUUUAAUGAAACUUGUUUAUUAAAGUAAAAAGCAGCUUUACACUUUAGAUUAUCACAUGCACUUAGUUUUUUGCUUAGCAAGGCACAAAGCAUAACUCAGACAUACACACAAUUUUUUAAUUAUAUUACAUUGUAUAAUGGCAAGUACCAUUAAAUGGGAAAUAGUAUGCUUAUAUUCCGCUUUUUCAUGGUAUAGAAAAAUUGAGCAAAUAUAUAUACAGUGGACCCCUGGUUAUCCGACAAACGUUUUGCAGGGCAGUGUCAGACCAUCAAAUUUGUCGGAUUAUAGAGUGCUGCCUAAGGGUGCCCUAUAGUCCGGAAUUUUUUACAAAAGAGUAUCUUGUAAUCCGAGAAAUUACAGAUACAGUGAUAAGAUUCUGUGCUAUAUAUGUAUGCACUCUGAAGUAUAUUGUCAAAACAAUUAAUAAUAGACCAUGUCAGAUUACAAGGGGGCCGAAUUACCGCGGGUCCACUGUAUUUAUCACUA